AUGGAGCUUGUUCCGGAUUAUUAUCCAUUGGAGCCAUUGAAUGCUCAGUUCGGUUCUUAUAGAAAGGAUGUCAUACCGGUCAUGUGUAAUGACUUCUUGUCGACUCCUUCCGAUGAGACACCAUCUGAUACCACUCCAUCUUGGAAAGACGCGAUGAUCAUUGAUCUAACUUCGACAUACAACCAGUCUCUCCCUCUUCCCCUUCCUGCCUUGGCUUUCCAAAAUUUCAGACUUCUUCAUAAGCAAACAUCAGAAGAGAUUGAAAAGAAUCGAAUUCGACUAGGAGCAUCUAUAGAUUGCAUUAGAUGGUUGACAUUUCAAGGUUGUGCAUACAGAGGACAUGAUGAAAGCCAAAGUUCAAGCAACAAAGGUAACUUUUUGAUGUUUCUUAAAGAUUCUCCACAAGCAUACUAUGUGCAUUGUUUUGCUCAUAGGUUACAAUUAGCAUUGGUGGCAGCUUCAAGAGAGGUACUUCAAAUUCAUGAAUUUUUUACUCAAUUAAACUCUAUUGUCACUAUUGUUAGUGCUUCUUCAAAAAGACAUGAUCAAUUACAAGAAGCUCAAGCAAUUGAAAAUGCAAACUUAGUUGUUCAAAAUGAAUUAGAAACAGACAAAGGUGCGAAUCAAAUAAGCACUUUACAAAGAGCUGGGGAUACUCGAUGGAGCUCUCACUUUAAUUCUAUUUGCAGUUUGGUAAAAAUGUUUACUGCUACCAAUAUUGUUCUCAAUAAUAUCAUUGAAGACGGGACAACUUAUGCACAAAGAGGUGAGGCUUAUGGUGUUAGUAAAAUAUUAUUGUCAUUUGAAUUUGUUUUCACUUUGCACUUGAUGAAAGAGAUUAUGGGAAUCACUAAUGUUCUUUGCCAAGCACUGCAACAACAAUCUCAAGAUAUUCUUAAUGCAAUGCAUAUUGUUUCUACAUCAAAGUUACUUCUUCAACAAUUAAGAGAUGGUGGAUGUCAAUAUGUUUUUGGAAGAGGUCGAUCUCGUCAACCAAGUGUGACAGUUGAGCAUCAUCGUCGAAUAGAUGUAUUCUUGGCAACAAUUGACUCUCAAAUACAAGAGUUGAAUAGUAGAUUUAAUGAGCAAACAAUAGAGCUUUUGACUUUGAGUUGUGCUUUGGAUCCUAAGGACAAUUUCAAAUCAUUUAAUAUUGAAGAAAUCAGCAAGUUAGCAGAAAAGUUUUAUCCCCUUGACUUUCCUUCUAAUGAGCUAAAUAUUUUGAAAUCUCAAUUGCAACAUUAUCAGCAUGAUAUACCAAAUCAUUUGAAAGGAAUUGGUACACUUUCUAAAUUGUGCAACAAGUUGCAAGAAACGGGAAAAUCAAGAACUUAUCACAUGGUUGAUAGAUUAAUACGUCUUGUUUUGACUCUACCAGUGUCUACAGCAACAACAGAAAAAGCUUUUUCAGCAAUGAAAAUUAUUAAGACAAGACUCCGAAGUAAGAUGGUUGAUGAAUUUCUUGCAGACAAUUUGGUCAUAUAUAUAGAAAAAGAAUUAGCAGCUAUUUUCGACACAAAUUCAAUUAUAGAUGAUUUUGAAAAUAGAAAAAAACGUCGAAUAGCCUUUUCAUGA